AUGAGAUUAUCUACUUCAGCAUUCCUCCUUGCACUGACUCUGGCAGGGACAGUUGAAGGGUUUUUCCCUUCGCUCAACAACAAUGCCGCUGCUACCAAUACUAAAUUGGUCGACGACGUCUCGUUUGUGCCACCCGAUACCACCGAGAUUUUGGAAGAUGCUUGUCGCGAUACUGCCGCUCGCAUGAAGCGGGUGAAAGUCCCCGUUUCAACGGCCAUUAGUCCCAAGGACGGCCAGGUGGGAAUUUCCUACGUGCAUUGGCCUGCCGUUGCCAAGAAAAAGAAUCUGCCUCCCGUCGUGUUGGUACACGGAUUCGACUCGUCCUGUCUGGAAUACCGUCGAUUGGGAUCUCGCUUGGCGGCACAAGGCGUCGACGUUUACGCCGUGGAUAUUCUCGGAUGGGGAUAUACCCAACUCGAGGAUGUGGCCGACUUUUCCGCCGCCGCCAAGGUGGAAGCCUUGCAGUCGUUUGUCAACACGGUCAUUGGCGAGCAAGCGCCGUAUUGCGUGGCCGGAGCCAGUUUGGGUGGUGCCGCGGCCAUUGAAUUGGCGGCAUCAUCUAGUAGCGGCGGCGCCUGUCAGGGACUCAUUCUGAUUGACGCGCAAGGAUUUGUCGAUGGUGUUGGUCCCAUGGCCGCCUUGCCCAAAUUCUUGGCACAAGCCGGAGUGGCCGUCCUCAAGAGUGUUCCCUUGCGAAGUUCCGCCAAUCAAAUGUCCUAUUUUGAUAAAGAGACAUACGCCACCGACGAUGCCCUCGCCAUUGGACGAUUGCACUGUGUCCAACAGGGGGAUCUCUGGUCGGAUGCCAUGGUGUCAUUCAUGAAAUCAGGAGGAUUCUCGC